GAGACGCGCGCCGGUGGGAGUCGGGGCGAGGGCUGGGCGAAGGCGGCCUCGGUCUCGCCGUGCGGCUUCCACGGCAGACGGCUCUGCCUAGGCCAGGGGAGGCCGGGCGGCUCGGGGUCGCCGGGAGUCGGGGCCUGGGUCGAGUGGGCAAGCGGGCCUCCACCGCGAGGCGUGCACGACAGAGUGGAGACGCCGAGCCGGGGCCUCGGGCCCACCUGGUGUCGAGGCCUGCCCGCGGAGGACCUAGGGCAAGCUGUGUAACCGCGCUGGGCUCGUGUUUCCUAUCUGAAGCCCAUAGGGAAACGCUCAUGGGACCUACCUCGUGGAAGUGUCUUGAUGAAGCGUCCAGCCAGUGCUGAGCAUCUACCGAGGGCUCUCUAACUCGUGAGAACUCUGCAAUUACUGCCAGGCCCUGUGCCCAAGGAGGCAGCGGCAUUGCUGACUCCCAUGUACCCGGGACCCCCCCUCCCCCAGGACAUUUCCCUCCUCUGCACUCUUGGGGGAGUGUGGGUCCCACAGCACCCCACUAGUGCACCCCUGAGUAACAUAAGCGGGGACGACUUUCUAACAGAGCUGACCGGAGCUUGCCACCGCCUGUGGAAGUAGCAAGCUACCUGUUCCUGAAGGGUGCUUGCAGCAACCGGUAGACCCGUCAGUGUCACAUAUUGAAUGUAUUUCCGGGUAGUGCCCCAUGCUUGGCACCUCGUGUGUAUUGAGUACUCAUACAUUGAGUACCUGGUAGAGUUGGGAUUUGAACUCAGGCUGUGAUUUUAGUACCUGAUUUCACAACCACUUUACUAGGUUCACUCCGUAAUCCAAUAAUAGUGAUGAUGCUGAUCCUAAUCAUGAGACUCCAGUAACAGCUGUUGUUCCCUGAGCUCUUAUUCUGAGCUAAGUGUUUUCUAAGCACCGUCUCACUGAAUCUGUCUUACAGGCAUUCUCAAAGUGACUGGCCAUGUCGCUGUCCCACUUGUACCGGGACGGGGAAGGCCGCAUGGAUGAUGACGACGACGAGCGGGAGAACUUCGAGAUCACCGACUGGGAUCUCCAGAAUGAAUUCAACCCCAACCGGCAGCGCCACUGGCAGACCAAGGAAGAGGCCACCUACGGAGUGUGGGCAGAGCGAGACUCAGAUGAAGAGAGGCCCAGCUUUGGAGGCAAACGGGCCCGUGACUACUCAGCGCCAGUCAACUUCAUCAGCGCAGGGCUCAAGAAGGGGGCAGCAGAGGAGGCGGAGCUGGAAGAUUCCGAUGAUGAAGAGAAGCCUGUUAAGCAGGAUGACUUUCCUAAGGAUUAUGGACCCAAGAAGUUAAAAACGGGAGGGAAUUUUAAACCCAGCCAGAAAGGCUUUGCUGGCGGAACCAAGUCUUUCAUGGAUUUUGGCAGCUGGGAGAGACACACAAAAGGAAUUGGACAGAAGCUUCUCCAGAAGAUGGGCUAUGUCCCCGGGAGGGGCCUCGGGAAGAACGCUCAAGGUAUCAUCAACCCGAUCGAAGCCAAGCAGAGAAAGGGCAAAGGCGCUGUGGGGGCCUACGGCUCCGAGCGCACCCCCCAGGCCCUGCAGGACUUCCCCGUGGUCGACUCAGAGGAGGAGGCCGAGGAGGAGUUUCAGAAGGAGCUGAGCCAGUGGAGGAAAGACCCCAGCGGAAGCAAGAAGAAGCCCAAAUACUCUUACAAGACCGUGGAAGAGCUGAAGGCCAAGGGCCGGGUUAGCAAGAAGCUCACCGCCCCCCAGAAGGAGCUUUCUCAGGUCAAGGUCAUAGACAUGACGGGCCGCGAGCAGAAGGUGUACUACAGCUACAGCCAGAUCAGCCACAAGCACAACGUCCCCGACGACGGGCUGCCGCUGCAGUCGCCGCAGCCGCCACAGCCCGGCAAGGAGGCCAAGGCCCCGGGCUUCGCGCUGCCCGAGCUGGAGCACAACCUGCAGCUGCUCAUCGACCUCAAGGAGCAGGAGGUCAUCCAGAACGACCGGCAGCUGCAGUACGAGCGGGACAUGGUGGUGAACCUCUCCCACGGGCUGGAGAAGAUGUCGGAGGUCCUGGACCACGAGGAGCGGCUCAUCUCCAACCUCAGCAAGGUCCUGGAGAUGGUGGAGGAGUGCGAGCGGCGCAUGCAGCCCAACUGCAGCGACCCCCUCACCCUGGACGAGUGCGCCCGCGUCUUUGAGACCCUGCAGGACAAGUACUACGAGUACCGCAUGUCCGACCGCGUGGACCUCGCCGUGGCCAUCGUCUACCCACUCAUGAAGGAGUACUUCAAGGAGUGGGACCCCCUCAAAGACUGUACUUACGGCUCCGAGAUCAUCUCCAAGUGGAAGAGCCUCCUGGAGAAUGACCAGCUCCUGUCGCACGGCGGGCAGGACCUCUCGGCGGACGCCUUUCACAGGCUCAUUUGGGAAGUCUGGAUGCCUUUCGUUCGAAACAUUGUCACCCAGUGGCAACCAAGGAACUGUGACCCGAUGGUGGACUUUUUGGAUAGCUGGGUGCACAUUAUCCCCGUGUGGAUCCUAGAUAACAUCCUGGACCAGCUCAUCUUCCCCAAGCUGCAGAAGGAGGUGGAGAACUGGAACCCACUGACGGACACGGUCCCCAUCCACUCCUGGAUCCACCCGUGGCUGCCCCUCAUGCAGGCGCGCCUGGAGCCGCUCUACUCCCCCAUCCGCAGCAAGCUGUCCAGCGCCCUGCAGAAGUGGCACCCCAGCGACUCCUCGGCCAAGCUCAUCCUGCAGCCCUGGAAGGAGGUCUUCACACCCGGCUCCUGGGAAGCAUUCAUGGUCAAGAACAUAGUGCCCAAACUGGGGAUGUGUCUUGGGGAGCUGGUCAUCAACCCCCACCAGCAGCACAUGGAUGCCUUUUACUGGGUCAUCGACUGGGAAGGGAUGAUCUCCGUCUCCAGCCUCGUGGGCCUUCUGGAAAAGCACUUCUUCCCCAAGUGGCUUCAGGUGCUGUGCUCCUGGCUCAGUAACAGCCCCAAUUAUGAGGAGAUCACCAAGUGGUACCUGGGUUGGAAGUCUAUGUUCUCAGACCAAGUGCUGGCACACCCGUCCGUCAAGGACAAAUUUAACGAAGCACUUGACAUCAUGAACAGGGCCGUGUCCUCCAAUGUGGGUGAGUGGAUGUCCUGGCCCUGAGCCGCCCGUUUCUGAACACGUGAAUGACACAGAGCCAGAGCGCUCAGGACCUGUGGGCUGCCCAUGGUGCGGCUCCCCUCCGCUCCAGCAGACACUGACUCGCCCACUGGGGUCAGCUGCAUAAGUAGCUGGCACCUGCCGCCCAGCCCUCCUGUGACUGGGAGGGGCAUUUCUGCUGAAUGGUCCCACUGAAGCUGGACUCGCACUCUGUGGGGCUGCCCCAGGGCCCACCCCGAUAGCCACGGUGCUGUGGGGCUGUCAGGGUUCAUUGUGCGGCUGCUCGACCAGUGUGAGUGUGCCCCUCAAGUGUGACAGCUCACAGCGUGGAGGGGGUGGACAGUUUGAUGCUUCGUAGGUGCUUAGCCACUCUUAGCCCCAUUUUCUUUACCUGUAAGCAGCAAUAGUACCUACUUCUGGGUCCUCUUAAAAGACCCAGAGGGAUUAAGCAAGUUACUGUUUGUGUGCAUGUAGCACUCUCUAGGGGGUGUCUUUGUCGUGUCAGAAGUAGGCUGUGGAUUGUUCACUAAUAUCUGUGCCCAAAACCACUCAGUUCUAGGUACAUUACGGCCUAGAUCAGGGGUUUCGGGAGCCUGCUCAGCCAGUCCUGUGUUGCAGUGUGCUCACCUCUCACAGCAAGGGCCGCUGGCGGCCCUUGUCUAACCUUGUUUCACAGAUGAGCUCAACAAGGCCAGGAGCUCGUUCAAGGCCACAGAGCUGAGGAGCGGCGGCUGGGACUGUAUUUCUACUUCCUGAGCCUCUAACUCUCUGCUCAACCUAUUACAUGGACAC